AUGGCUUCGUACAACCCAGGUGAUCGAGGCCCGUUUCAGGGUCGCGACUUCCUCGUGGGGAAUAUCGAUCGCGAUACUCAAGGAGCGAAUCCGGACCCUCCGACGACCAAUCCUCGGCAUCUACCUCCAAGCCACACCUACCACUAUCCCAGUGGCAUUCACAACUACAACAUGGCUCCUGCCAAGGAUGGAGAAACCCCCAGGCGCUAUGUGGAAGCCUAUCUGUCUAUCUCCUUCUACAGCCGCAAGGAGAUCAAGGCCGUUUUCAGUACCAACAACGGCGAAGUUCCUACCCGCGGCCUCAGCUUGAACCAUGUCCAUGACACCCGCGAACUUGAUCUGUGGAACGCUGAAGAGCUUCAGGAUAGAGCUAAUGCCAUUCGAAAGAAGCACUGGAAAUCUCUGGGAUCCUUGGCUCGACCGCAACGCUGGGAGGACCUGUAUGAUUACUUCGACUGCUUCGAAAUCUACUUCCAGGGUGCGCUGAACCUAUGGAAUCUCAUGCACCUCCUUUUCGACGAGAACGACAGUCUCUCUCGCAAUAGAGUCUGUGCUGCCGCAGUCGAACUCGGAGUCUGGUGCGACGAGUGGGUCGCCCAGGCCGAGAACAAAGCAAAGCUCAUGGGAUUCAACUGUUGGGAGGGUGACGUUAUCGGCCUCGUCACUCCGGGCACCUGGGCCGAGCUUCAGAAGCUGCCGGUCGAUAUAAUGCUUCUUCGAAAUGCUCUGUGUCAUAGACAGAACCAACUGUUAGGCAAGCCUUGGGCCCGACCGACCGCCUACCCGGCCAACAGUCUUGGGGCCAACUGGCACAACGGCACUCUGCAAUGCUGGCUUGCUGGUCAAUCCGUUCACGACACGCCAAGUGGCAUCCCCCUAGCAGUCUCUCCGGCUACUAUCAUCGUUGGUGGCGCUGCUUCUCCAGUGCCUCAGUCACACGUUGCUACCGUUUCCAGUCACAUGACGGCCAAUACCAACACCACUCUCCAAAAGCCUCUUGUUGUCAGUGGAACGAGCAACAGACAAAAAGUAGGCACCCAAAACUACGGUGUUACGGCAGGACCAGAACCUAUCGGCCGGUCCGGAGAGUCCUUGUCGGACAAUCAGCCGGUAUCUUCGACUUCUGGCUCUAGCACCGGAAACCCGGCUACUGGAGUCCCUGAGUCUCACCCGGCCAAGACAGGCGCUGCUCAGCCAGGCUUCUACCAUCAGUCCAUGAGGCCGUAUGGCCAUGCCUUCAAUACCCCAUUCAUGACAGGUCCCAACGGUGAGCCGAAACCCUACCACGGGCCGGUUGGCCCAUCUGCGCCUCCUCCACCUCCUGCGCUACCCACACUUGAAUAUCAGCAUUAUGGACUUCGCCCUCCAGUCAACGUCCCUCCUCGAAAGUCUGAAGACAGCAGAGUGCCGAACAAUGUGCAAACCUCGCCCGGUCAGAUCUCCAUGGUCCCAACAGGUGGCACGCGCAUGCAGUCGGCCGUCCACCAGAGGAUGCCUUUUGACGUCACUCCUUCCCACAAACAUAACGGCAAGCGAAACGCAACCGUUAGUUCUGCUGCUGAUCAAGGAUCCGGACAAGGCCUGCCGAUGGGCCCUCCGCGCUUCAACCCGAACCAGGAUACACGGCAAGAGCAGAUGAAGAUACCAAAUGCCCCUGGCAACGCAAGCUACGAUCAUUCUAGGCCUCGGCGCGAGUCCAAGGGCUGGGAGAAGGUUCCGCAUGCAGAUCACUCAAUCCACGGCCCUGUUUUCCGUCGAUCUCCGACAAAGGAAAACCGACCUCGCUCAUUCUCAAACAGGGCGGAAUCUCAUUGCUCCAAUAUGCACCUCAGGUCCGCUCACAAAUACGCUUACACACCUUGCACCUGCCCCAAGUGCGAGGAACGCGAACGCUCUGUGUACAUCCAAUUGAACCCAGCUCCGCAGAUGUCUCAAAAACUCCUUAUUGGGAAAAUUCAUGAUAUCAUGUCACGAUGGGGGGAGGUUGAUCACGUCCAAAAAUUGCCGGUAAAUGAGAAUCCAGGGGAUUUCGCCUGCUUCUUUGUGAGAUUCAAGGAUGGCUCGCGCGUGAGAGAAGCCUCAGCCACGGAUGCCUUCGGUAGUCGCGAUCUUGAUUGUACGAUCAAGAUUGGCGCGAUGCAUCAUUCGGGCUAUGGCAACGCCAUGUAUAGCAACUACGGCCAAGGCAACAGUCAGCACGACUCGGCAAGCAGAUCCAACAGCCAACAGCAAUCUUCGUGGAGGGGCAACUCCAACGCGUUCGGCCAUGGCCAGUCUUCGUUGAGUCGCCCUGACCCGAGGACGCUGGUCUCCUUGGAGCAGUACAUGGUACCUCGCUCUCAGCCGCCGCAGGCUCUUGCUGCACAACCUCCACAACCUUCUUUGAUCCAUGAUCCAGCAACCCGGCUCGCCACGAACGCCCAAACAGAAGCCAAGAAAGAUACACGCGGGCCGGCUGGAGACAUCAAGUCGACUUGUAACACCCCUAACUUACAGACUAAGCUUGCUGUCACUGAGAAGCUCCGAACUUCUGCAGAAGCUGAGUCUCAGUCAAAACCGCCUUCUGAAGAGGUGAUCCCGGACGAAGGGCAGACAAGCAAGACCUCUCCUCCCCGUGACCCUGAGAACAGCCCGUGCAAAGGCAGUAACAAAGCCAUUGUCGUCAAUUUGCCGGCCACACCGCAGAAGCCUGAAGAAGCUGACACGAACACGCAAACACCUAGGAGGGCCACCACACCUCAGAACGGUGGAGGAAUUGUAACGCCGACCAAGCAUAUUUCUCCUGCAGCACCUGGUGCCACCGACCAUGAGGAAUCGUUCUCAGAUGGACAGAGGGAGGCUCAAACGGCUAUAAAAACUAAGAGCGAUCCGGUUUCUGUGGCUCCUGCGGUUCCCAGAGUUCCUGUAGUUCCUGCGGUCCCUCUUGUUCCUGUGGUUCCUUUGGUUCCUGUGGUUCCUACAGUUCCUGCGGUUUCUACGGUUUCUGCACCCCAAGUAGAGCGCACUUCUCAUGAUAGGGGGAAAUAUAGGAAGAUCUUCUCAGAGAAGAAUGAUCUCAAUGUCGAGAUUUGUAAUGCGCCAGAGACCAAGAUUGGCACACGGUGCGAUCAACCGCCUAUCGUUGGCUCCAAGCACUCUGCCGAACAAGAGGACGACCCCCCCACUCAGGCUGGCCAUGAUGUUCCUACCAUUGCUGCCACCGAGAUUGCCACGAAGAAAAAGAGCAGUAAGAAGUCCAAGAAGAAGAAGAAGCCUACCUCUACGGGCCAGGGCGAAUCGAGCAACCCACCCAUACAGGUUACAGAGGAGCAAGCCCCUGAAACGGUGGAGGAUACUGAGCCUGCAGGUCUCGGGGGAGUCAUUGAAAAGGCGAAGCAGAUUAUUGGAGCAAAGGAGGUUGACGCAAAACGGCUUGCCAACAAAACUACCGCUGAUACUGUCCCACAAACUUUGGCAUCACCUGUCGAUGCAACAGCACAGAGUAAGGAGCCGGGAAUAAGCGAGACUGCCGAGGGCAAGGAGGUCCUUUGGCCAGAGGAGUAUGAGCCAAAGGAAUCACCUGAGAAGACAGAACUUUCGGAGUCUAUCAACAAGACUUUUCGCGCGGAUGGCGGAGGCUCCUUGCGGUUGCCCAAAAACCGGAAGAAGCAGCUGCCAGCUCAGCUAAUGAUCGCCAACCGUGACUCCGCAGCAGGUACUAGCAGCUUUGAAGCGCCCCAGACCUUCAAUACCGGUCUUCCUUCCGCUGCGAGCACCGCACGUUUCAGCUCCUCGGCCCAGGAGACUGGCUCUCCCGACGGGUCGUCUGGCCGGAUGUCAACCCCCGCAACUCCCCCGUCUGCAAUGGGAGAGUCUGCAGCAGGUGCCGAAACGACUCCAAAGUCCAAUACCUCGCUCAAUCCUGAGGCAAAGGUGUUUGUCUCGCCGACCACGUCCUCGACUGCGGCUGCCCCAAAGAAAAUUGAGCUUGCGCCGGUUCCGUUGAGGCCCACCAAACACGAUCGCAGCACUUCGUCCAAGACGUCGCGCACCCUUACGAUUGGUACCCCAUCUACCAAGGAGGAAGACAGCCACGCCGCCGAAACCUCCAAAGGCAAGGAGAAGAGCUCUGCAUCUCAGCAGACCCCGGCCAAGAACGUCGUGGAGAAGAACAAGGGCCGUUCUCUUGCCAGCGAUAAGAUGCCUGCCACGCAAAUGACGCCGAAUGAUGACGACGAUGACGACUGGCAAGUACAGGGUCCCAAGAGGGACUUCAGCAUCAAGCAGCCCAAGGGCAACAAGGACCAUCAGCAACAACAGGGCAAGCAGGGCCAGCAGGGCCCCAACAAGAAGAACCGCCCUUCGCCUAAGAAGCAGAAGAUUCAGGAAGACAGUCACAUCCAACAGCAGCGCUACGCUUCUAGCUCCAAUACCAACCCGGUUCCCGUUGGCAGCAAGACCGAGUUUCCCACGCUGCCGCCUGCCCCCAAGCCUGUGUCGGGCCUGCCGGCGAGCAGCGUUUGGGGCAAGGCGCGGUCGGCAUCGACUGCCACCAGCGUCUCCACUCCGAGUGGGAGCGUCAAGACUUCAGCAAACCCGAGCCCCAAGAAGGACAGCAGUAAGCAGUAG